GCUGAGAUACUGAUGCGCCACAGUUCGCAGCAACACCCAGCUUAAAGCACUCCAUAUUACAAACAAUUGAAGAAACAAUAAUAUGAAGACGCUCGUGUUCGUCGCAUGUCUGCUGGCGGUGGCUUAUGCUUCCGAUCCCGAAAAAGUGAAAGCUUUCUAUGAAUCAUAUGCGAAAUGCAGCGAAGAACUAGGUGUUGCGGCUGGCACAAUGGAUGCCAAAGCAAUCAAGUGUGUUGGUGAAAAAGCAGGCUUAUACGACGAACAAGGUGUACUCUUGAAGGAAAAGUGUCUUGAAUAUAUUGAUGGGCUUGCUUCUGAUACAAAGAAGGAUCAAGCGAAAGAACUCGUGUCCAAUUGUCUCGAAAAAGAAUGGCAAGGCUCAGCAAGCAACAAUGACAAAGCUAUUGCGGCGAUACAGUGCACACUGCAGCAGAAUAUAAUGGAUUUGUUUGAUAAACCUCAAUAGGAGGAAAUCUCCCCGAUUACGUAUCAUCUGUAAAAGGAGCGUCAACGAAACUUGUGCAUUAAUUAUUAAUAAUUCGCAUUCAAGUAUGUUUUCGGAAAUAUUGCUUUUAAGGGAUUUUAAUAGUGCUUAUAUCCAUCCAAUUCCAUUGGAUUGUAAGUUAUUUGGUGUACCAAUAAAAUAAUAAGAUUUCAUACGUUCUUUUAGAUUAUCUAAUUGCGAUAAUCUUAUAGUUAGAUUUAGAUUAAAUAUGCUCACCCUUCAUGACAUUAAGUUCUAUGUAGUCAAUAUUAAAUUUACGUUUAUUAAGCAGAUUCCGACACUUUAUCAGUUUUUUAAUCAAACAAGAUAUAUGUAAAUUCAGUAUCCCUUUUUAAAUAAAAAAAAAAUAAAAAUAAUUGUUCAA